GGAAUAUUUAAAUACAUGAAUGUCUUUUAGAAAUAUUUAAAUAUAUUGAUGAAAAAUCAUUAUAUUCAUUAUUAUUGGUUAAUAGAACAUGGUGUCGAAUAAGUAUAUCAUUAUUAUGGAAAAAACCAUUUAAAGAAAAUCAAACGAACGAACAUUUUAAAGUGAUAUUACCAUUAAUAUCAUAUCUUGAUAAAGAAAUCAGAAAUUCAUUAAAAAUUGAAGAAAAUAAUAAAACAAAAACAAAUAAUAUUCAAGAAAAACCAACAUUUAAUUAUGUAUCAUUCAUAAAAGAAUUGGAUUAUACAAAUAUGUGUUAUCAAGCAAUAACAUGUUUAAAAAAAUUAAGAAACAAUCCAAAAGAUUAUUCAAUUAUGAAUGAUAAUUAUUUAUAUUAUGGAAUGAUGCAAAUAUUUGAACAAAAUUCUUAUCAUGUUAUUAAACAUGAAAUUGAAAAUAUUUUGAACGUAAAAAGUACAAUAAAACAAGAAGAUUCAAAUAAAUUUAUUGAAUCAAUACUUUUAAUUAUUUUAAAUAAUUCAAGAAUUGAAACAUUAAUAUUAGAUAUAUUUUAUUGGCGUUCAAAAGAUAUUUUUAAUAUACUUUUAAAAAUACCUGAACAAAUAGGGAAUAAUGGAUUUACUGGUUUCUUUUUAAAAAAGUUUCAUUGUAAAUUAUUAGUAAAAGAUAUUGAUAUAUUAUAUAAUAUAUUAAAAUUAUCAAAUAAUCAAAUAAGGGAUUUAUCAUUAAGUUUUUAUGAUGUAUAUAAUAAUGAUAAUGAUAAUGAUAAUAAUAAUAAUAAUAAUAAUAAUACGGAAUUUAAUUCUUAUUUAGAUUUAAUUAAUUUAAUUAAAUCUCAAUAUUAUCUUGAAAAAUUACAUAUUAAUUAUAAUUCUUUAUUUAUAAAAUUAAUUUUAUUAGAAUUACAAAAUAAUUUUUAUUCUAUAAUGAAAUUAAAUUUAAUCUCUCAUAAUAAUGUUGAAGAUUCUGGUUUUUACUUUUUAGAUGAUGAAUGGAGUAAUUCUUUAGAAUUAACUUUUAAUGAUUUAAAUUUUGUUGAUAAUUUAAAAGAUUUUCCUCUUUUAAACUUAAAAUUUUUAAAAUUAGAUUGGGAUACUCUUAAUUUUAAUCAUUUACAAUCUCAAGAAAAUGAGUUACAUCAAUCUAUAAUUAAUUUAAUUCAAUAUCAUAAUAUUGAUUUGAAACAUAUUAAUUUAAAUCCAUUAUUAAAAUUUCAUUUUAGAAAUAUUUUCAAGAUAAUAUAAAAAUAAAAAAAAAAUUAUGAUUAAAUAUAACCAAUUAAAUUAUGUAUAUAUUAAUUUAUUUAAAGCGAAU